AUGGCAUCUUUUGACGCCUUCUUAUCCGAAGGGAGGAAUAUAUUCGUGUUACUUCUUAUCUAUCUAUCUAUCUAUCUCAGUCUGUUCAUAUAUAUCUAUCUAUGUCAAUCUGUUCAUAUCUAUCUAUCUAUCUAUCUAUCUAUCUGUUUAUUGCACUUUGUUCAUAUCUAUCAAACUAUCUGUCUUAGUCUGUUCCUAUCUAUCUAUCUAUCUAUCUAUCUAUCUAUCUAUCUAUCUAUCGUAGUCUUUCAUAUCUAUCUGUCUAUCUCUCUAUCUAUCUAUGUCAGUCUUUUUCUAUCUAUCUAUCUAUCUAUCUAUCUAUCUAUCGCAAUAUGUUCAUAUCUAUCUAUCUAUCGUAGUCUUUCAUAUCUAUCUAUCUAUCUAUCUAUCUAUCUAUCUAUCUAUCUAUCUCUGUUCAUAUCUAUCUAUCUAUCUAUCUCAGUCUGUUCAUAUCUAUCUAUCUAUCUAUCUAUCUAUCUAUCUAUCUAUCUAUCGCAAUCUGUUCAUAUCUAUCUAUCUAUCGUAGUCUUUCAUAUCUAUCUAUCUAUCUAUCUAUCUAUCUAUCUAUCUCUGCCUAUCUUUAUCCCUGGACCAAUCCAGUCUAUGAACACUUGCGUGUGA